AUGAGUAAAGUCAGUCUCAAUAAUCAAUCAAAAGAUGUUUCAAUAUUCUAUGAGCAACUAGUUCAAGAAUAUUAAAGACAGGAACUGGUAUUAUUAGCUACUGUUGAAAAAAAUGAUUUAAAAAUUUCAAAGUCAUCAGGCAUUUCAUCUGCUGUCAAUGGUACUGAAAAGAUUAGAACAUGGAAUGAGCAUAUGAUUGAAACUGAAUAGCUAGCGUAGUAAUUGGAAACUUGCAUAAAAGCUAGAGAAACUGACAAAAGUUAUUUUGGCUUGACUUAAUAAUAAGCUCAUGAUAAACUUAAAACAUUUGGUCUCAAUUAACUUACUGAAAAGAAAGGUAUACCUUGGUUUGUUCAAUAUUUACUACUAAUGACUGGACUCUUUAAUUAUAUGCUCUGGGCAGGGUCAACAUUAUCAUUUGUAGCCUAUGGUGUUUAGGAUGAUAAAAGAGAUAAAACAAAUAUGUAUCUUGGAGUUGUUCUAAUUGGUGUUGUAUUUAUCACUGCUACAAUGUCAUACAUCCAAUAAUCAAAAGCUGCUGCUUUGAUGGCUUAGUUCAAGGAUUUUAUUCCUACAAGAUCUACUGUCUUUAGAAAUGGUUAGAAAAUAGAAAUUAACGCUUCUGAGUUGGUACCAGGAGAUAUCGUUGAGAUUUAGAUUGGAGCAAAUAUACCUGCUGAUGUAGUUCUUAUCUAAGCAAGUGAAAUGAAAGUCAACAAUGCCUCACUUACAGGAGAAUCAGAAGAUCUUCUAAGAGUGCCAGAGGAGAGAUCUAAAAACAUCUUUGAAAGCCCUAAUGUUGCCUUUUUUGGCACUGCAUGCACAAAUGGAAAUGGAGUAGGCAUAGUUUUUAAAACUGGUGAUUCAACAGUGAUUGGAUAAAUUGCAAACCUCGCACAAACUGCAGAUGCUGGUAUAACUCCAAUCUCGAUUGAAAUCGAUCGAUUCAUCAAGAUUAUUGCAACAAUUUCCUUUUCUAUGAGUCUAACCUUCUUUGCAAUUAACUUUGCUUUUGGUUAUUAAAUCAUCACUAACAUCAUUUUUAUGAUUGGUAUAAUCGUUGCUAAUACACCUGAAGGUCUCUAUAUCACUCUCACAGUUUGCAUGGCUUUAGCUGCUAAGAGAAUGGCAGCAAGAUCUGUCUUAGUUAAGAAUCUCUAAUCUGUGGAGACAUUAGGAUCUACAUCAUGUAUUUGCUCCGAUAAGACUGGUACCUUGACUCAAAAUAGAAUGACAGUCUCUCAUCUUUAUUAUAAUGCCUAAAUUCAUGAUGCCUCUAUAAAUUAUGAAAAAUUAAAAAAGAAUCAAGAAUUGAAAUUAGACUAUGAUAUAAAAGAUCCAGCCUUUAAAAAUAUACUAGAUUGCAUGAUUCUUGGCUCCAAAGCUUCCUUUGCUUUCAAUCCAAAAAAUGAAGAAAUCAAAGCAUAUAUUGCCAAAAAGAAGGGAUCAAAAAUUAGAGAUUAUGCUAGAUAUAUCAUUACCGAGGAAGAAAAGGAGUAAGCUAGGCAAGAAUUAUUGCAAGCUGAGCUUAACUUACCAGUUGAAAAGAGAAAUGUUACAGGUGAUGCUUCAGAAACUGGAAUCAUUAAAUUUGCCCAAUCUAUUAGAGAUGUCGAAACAGAAAGACAAACUUAUCCAGUAUUCUCCUAUGAAUUAGAUGGAAAUAUUGUUGAUGCAUUGAUCCCAUUUAACUCUGAAAUCAAGUUUAACAUGUUCAUUAGAGAUAUGAAUACCGAUAAGAUUAGUCCAGAAUCAAAAGAAGAUAAUCUAUGUAUAUUCCUAAAAGGUGCACCUGAAAGAAUUCUCAACAGAUGCAACAAGAUACUUAUAAAUGGUGAGGAGAGACCUUUUAGUUAGUAUGCUGACCACGUUUAGUUUGCAAACUAUUCUUUUGGUAGGAUGGGUGAGAGAGUACUCGCAUUUGCCAAACUAGAAUUAGAUCCAAAAAUCUAUAAGAAAAAUCCAAAGUAUUAAUUUGAUGUUAAAAAUUGGAAGUAAUGGUAGCAUGUGAAGGACAGAGACUCAUCAAUUCAAGGAUGGUUCCCAAUGUUCAACUUGACACUAGUAGGUAUUGUUUCAUUGAAUGAUCCCCCAAGACCAAGAGUCGAUUUAUCAGUCUUAAAAUGCAGAUAAGCAGGUAUUAAAGUUAUUAUGGUAACUGGAGAUCAACCACCUACUGCGGCUGCUAUUGCACAUAAAGUUAACAUUAUCACUGAUCCAACUUAAGAAUAUCACUAUCUUAGACAAGAAAAAGGACUCUCCCAUGACUAAGCAAUGGAGUAAUCCAAAGCUAUUGUCAUUCAUGGAGAUUUAUUAGCUGAGAAGCAUGCUGAGGAAGAAUUUUUAGAUGAUCUUGAUCCAGAUAAAGGUAGAUUCUUGACAGAAUGGAUCAGUAAACCAGAAGUUGUAUUUGCUAGAACAACUCCUUCAUAAAAACUAUUGAUAGUAGAUGCUUGUUAAAAGGCAGGCCACAUUGUUGCUGUUACUGGUGAUGGUGUAAAUGACUCACCUGCUAUUAAGAAAGCUGAUAUUGGAAUUGCAAUGGGAAGUGGAAGUGAUGUUGCUAAGAAUGCAGCAGAUAUUAUCUUACUAAAUGAUGAUUUCAGUUCUAUCGUGAUGGGAGUUGAAUAAGGCAGAUUAAUGUUUGAUAAUCUUAAAAAGUCUAUCUAAUACGCUCUUUCAGCUAAUACUCCUGCAAUAUUCUCUGUUCUUUGCAAUAUUGUCAUUUAAGUUCCUGUGCCACUCUCAUCUAUUUUAAUGAUAGCUAUUUGCCUAGGAACUGACAUGUAUCCAGCUAUUGCUCUUGCCUAUGAGAAUGCCGAGUUAGAUAUUAUGGAAAGACUCCCAAGAAAUUAAAAGAGAGAUAGGCUAGUACCAACAAAAUUAAUGAGUUUUUCUUAUGUUCAGACAGGAACUAUACAAGCAUUGUCUGGCAUGUUUGCCUACUUUUAUAUUCUGAAUGAUUUUGGAUUCAAAUUUAAUACUCUGAUAAAUCUCAACUUGGCUAAAGGAUAUGAGCCUAAUCCAACAGAUAUUUAUGAUCCUAACCUUCCUAACUUUGGGAACACUAACUUUGGGAUUAAGGAUUAUCUCAGAACUAUCGCAUGGGGAAGAAAUUAUGAUGCUAAAAUUGAUGUUCGUCUAUUCUUUGUUCACCAUAAUAAAGAUAGCUGGGGUAGAUGCAGAUGGAAUCCAAAUGAUGAAAGCAUACCAAGAUUCUGGAGAUAUUCUAAUGUCACUGAGAAGUAACUUUGUUACACACCUGAAGCUGUGAUCUAUGUGUCAUCAGCUUAUUUCGUCGGGGUAGUAAUCACUUAGAUAGCCAAUAACAUUAUUAGUAAAACUAGAACAUUAUCAUUAUCACAACAAUAACUUAUAAACUCUGUCCAGUGGCAAGGAUUUAUAUUCGAAUUAAGCCUUGCAAUUCUUAUCUGCUAUGCUAAGCCUUUUGAAAUUGGACUUGGAGGCAGAUAACUUGCUUCUCCUCAUUUUGGAAUUCCAGCUAUGAGUUUCUUUAUGAUUAUUGUAUUCUAUGAUGAAGUUAGAAAAAUCCUAGUCAGAAAGGGAAUUGAUACUUCUAUAAAAGGUAAAAUUAAGCUAAAUGGAUGGAUGGCAAGAAACACGAUAUAGUGA